UAUAAAUUAAGAGGUCUCUAAACUAAUCUUGGUCCAAUAAAUUAAGAGGUCUCUAAACUAAUCUUGGUCCAAUUUUUGACUUUCCAGUUCCAACCUGAAGGAAAGAUCUCUAGAGCUGCAAAAGACAUUUAGUGUCCUGUUACUACCUGGUCCACACAUGUUCUUUACAAAACAGCUUCUGGUUUCAACUUAAACACCAGAGAAACAUUUCUACAGAUUUAUCAGGUGUGUGCAGUAAGACAUUCAGAAUUUCAAAUGGCAAUGGUUUCAGCAGUCGCAUACAGACAGACAUUGACAAUUCUGCUUGUGAUCUCUGUAGGAAAUAAAGCGGCUGCAAGCAACAACCAGUGCAAAGAUUCCUGCAUGACUCACUGGGAGGAAAAAUACAAUUCCUGUUAUAGAUUUUUUCCUGAGCCAACCACCUGGAGAACAGCAGAGGACACAUGCAUUUUCUUUGGAGGGAAUCUUGCUUCACUCCACAAUGAAGAAACCACUCAUUUCCUUAUCAGGCUAACAGGAAGCACAUCUAAUAAACUUGUACGAUCAUGGAUUGGUGGUAAGGAUAUGGAAAAGGAAGGCACUUUUGUCUGGACAGAUGGCACUCAUUUCAGCUACGAGAACUGGGCUCCCUCCAAACCUGAUGGAAAAGAGAAUGAGAACUGCCUGACCAUUAACUCUGGAGAAGCUGGCCAAUGGAAUGAUGCAGACUGUGCAAAACUGUUCCCAUACAUCUGCUCAUACAAGCUGUUGUAAAAAGACUCCACUGCAGCUUCAUAUUCCUUCUGAUUCCUGGGAAAGAAUGCAGUUUUUAAUGCCUUCACUUCAUAAAUGGAGUCGCUGGUUCCCUCACAGUUAUCCUUUCAGCAUUUUGUAUUUUAAUGGAAUAAAUGCAUAAAUUUCCAGUGUCUGUAUAUUUUUUCUAACUAAACUUGAUAAAUUCAGUGAAAAUGUAUCUAAAUGUUAUUCAAGCCAUAAAGAAAUGCAACAGAAACCAUGGUACUAGUGAAAGAUUAAAUGUUCCUAUCUGUAAUA